GAGGAAGGAUCCACAAGGUCUUUUUAGACCUUAAGCCAUCGGUUCAACAUGCCACACAGGGUAGUAGAUUUCUUCCGGUCUUCCAACGACAGCAUUCACAACAUCAAGGCCUCGGUACAACGGAGGAGUAACCCUAACUCAAGAUCCGCCUCUAGAGAACGGCCCACUCGCCACUCAUCUGCCGCAUCUUCGGUACUAGAGGACGUCACCGAUCACAACAACGCACAAACCCCGAUUUACACCGCACUUCCCGUAAAGAUGUCCGAAGUAAAGGAAAAGCUGAAGGAGAAGGAGUCUCACACGCAUCACCGUCUGAGUUUCCCGAGCUUGCAUCUCGGCAGCUCUAAGGCUUCAAAGGAGCAGCCUCAAAACCCUAAUGCGUCGCUCAGCUGGAAAAUUGAGUCGCCCCCUGCAGUAAUGCACGGCGAACCGGAAAACAGCACAGGCGCAUUGGUAUCCGGGCAAUUAUUACUGGACGUCAAGGAAGAAGGCUUCGAGGUUGAUAAUUUCUCGGCCAAAUUAGAGAUUCAUGUCGUGCAGAAGAGACCAUUUGCCGGUCAUUGCCAAAGCUGCUCAAACCAAACGACAGAGCUAAAAUCCUGGACGUUCCUGAGUGAGCCCACAAUCCUCACCAAACGCAUCCACGAAUUCCCCUUUUCCGUCUUGUUAGAUGGUCAUCUACCUGCAUCGACUGACAAUCCAGUCGUCGCUAUCCGGUAUGACUUCUCUGCCGAAGUCACACCGAGGACAUCCGGUCCUGCAAUUAAGUUCACCAAGAACAUAGACGUAAAACGGUCACUACAGGUCCCAGAGCUUCCUCAUCACAGCAUCCGCAUCUUCCCGCCCACCAACAUCGCAGCCAGCGUGCACUUCUCGCAGGUCAUGCAUCCCAUUAGCACCAACACAGUUACCCUCCGUCUGGAUGGCGUCGUCAAGCACAACCCCGAUGCAAAGAGCGUAGAGUACUGGAAGCUCAAACGCCUCUCCUGGAAACUCGAGGAGAAUAUGGAGACCGUAGCACCAGCCUGCGACAAGCACGCGCCCAAGGAUCCGGAAACUGGUCUUCCCACGAAAAAAGGAUCCAAGCGCACAGACUCCCGUAUCAUUGCACAUGCUGACAUGCAUACUGGAUGGAAAUCAGACUACUCGCCAUCCGGAUGCAUCGAAAUGGAGAUCCAGUGCGCGCUACCGCCAGCUACCAAAGCUGCCUGCGAUUUGAAGAGCGAGGACGGGACAGAGGUUACACACCAACUCGUCGUGGAGAUGGUCGUGGUCCAAGAGUACGCACCCACUGCGCACCCUAAGCAUAUCACGCCUACGGGUGUAGCUCGUAUCCUGCGCAUGCACUUUGGUGUGGUGAUUACAGAGCGAGCGGGCCUUGGUGUCAGCUGGGAUAACGAGGCACCCCCAAUUUACCAAGACGUUCCCCCAAGCCCGCCUUCCUACUCUUGCGAUAUUCCCUACGAGAGCGUCGAGGAUUUGAGCUUGAGCCGGAGGAGCGCGGAGUCGGGUAGAACAGCAAGUCCGGCCUACGAGGGGCUAGCGCCGCCGACGUCACCAACACCACCAGCAUUAGGAGCCGAUGAUACCGCGCGCUAGGAAACGGCGGAUCAGAGGCGAUGCAUACCUGCGAGAUGGGUUUUGAAGACCUCGAAGAGGAAGAUGAAGUAAUACUAGCUACGGCUAUAAUUUUUUUUCUUUGUCAUAAGAUGAUUUUUGAUAACGAAUUAUACCCCACAAGGCGAUGGCCCCGAGAAUGGGCUAAGUCGGAGCGCUUCUUGCAUUGGAAGAGGAAAUUUUGAGACGCGAAGAUUUAGAUUUGACUUUUAAAACCUCCAAGGACACCUUGGUGAUGGAUUUUACUUGGAUAGGCAUUACAUGAAUUGAAAUGUGAUGAAAUGGGACGGAGUUUGAAGACCAUGAUCUGGUCUGAGAUAAUAAAAGAUGGUUGGGAAUAUUUGAGGUCUUGACUCACCUCACAACUUGCCGCUUGCUAGGAAUGCUUGCGAUGACACAUUUUAUAGUUAAUAUUAAUGACCAGAAUGAUA